AUGAUUAUUAUUUUCGGCCAAGGAAGGACGCAGUCUGUCAAGCUGCAGCUACAGGCCACAACAAACCCAGACGGCCAUGGAGUACCGUUUCCUAGGGCUGACUGUGUCACGGCAACACGUGUGUACACAAGAGAGAUCAAAUCUUCUGUAUAUGCGCCUCGGAGCCGAAAGCAUCAGCAGGCGAUCGCAAAAUUCGAUACAGUACCAUCCGCAAUCCACAAAGCGCCGCAUCCGUCAAUCAACGCAGACCAGAUUGUUCUCCUGCAUCUGCUAAUUUCGGAACGACGAGGUUCCUUGAUGUUCACAAUCUCUCCCGGAGCCGCCAACCGCGAACGUGCUCUCGGCGCCGACGGCAGUGUCUGUCUAGGCGAACUCGGCAUUGCAACCCAGGCAGUCGAUGAGAUUUGGUGGGAAGAGGUGUCCGGUGGAUUAGGUACACGACCAUAG